AUGGUCACCACAAACCUGACCCAAGUGAGAAUGUUUGUGUUCUCUGGACUCACCGACAAUGGAGAACUUGCCCCAUUCCUCUUCAUACUUUUCUUACAUGUCUACAUGGUGACUGUAGUGGGAAACAUCGGUAUGAUGGCCAUUGUCCAUAACAACUCCAACCUCCACACCCCGAUGUACUUUUUCCUGAGCUAUCUCUCUCUGGUGGACCUUUUCUACUCCUCAGUUAUAACUCCUAAAAUGCUGUCCGACCUUAUCUCCACGAGGAAGACCAUCUCAUUUGUUGGAUGUGCUCUUCAGUUCUUCCUCUUUGCUGGUCUUGCCUGUACUGAGGUCUUGCUUCUCUCCAACAUGGCGUAUGACCGGUAUGCUGCCAUCUGCCACCCUCUCCAUUAUGUCUCUAUAAUGACCAAGAACAUAUGUAUGUGUCUUGUGGUCCUGGCUUUCUCCAUUGGCUUUUUGCAGUCAUCAUUUCAGACCAUCUGUGUAUACAGUCUCCAUUUCUGUGAUACAAUCCUCAUAGACCACUUCUACUGCGAUGUCCCUCCAUUGCUCAAGCUGUCCUGCUCUGACACCUUCUCCUGUGUCCUAGUCACUGUUUUCUUUGUAGCUUCUUGUGGCAUGGGGUCAUUUAUAGUCAUCCUGAUCUCAUACAUGUUCAUAAUUUCUUCCAUUCUACGGAUGAAGUCUGCUGAGGGCAGGCGGAAAGCAUUCAGCACCUGCUCCUCACAUCUCACGUGUUCCUCCAUCUUCUAUGUGUCAGUUUUCUUCACUUACCUGCGCUCUCCCUCCAAUGCCAUCGAGAACCAAGACAAAAUAGCUGCCGUCUUCUAUUCAGCAGUGACACCAAUGCUGAACCCACUUAUAUACAGCCUGAGGAACCAAGAGGUGAAAAGAGUCAUCAUACAAGCAAUGCACAAUAUUACUGAUGUAGAUAUAAUUCUAUCAUUUAUUAGGGAUAAAGUUGGGGUUCUAUCAGUAACAUUUAAACUACACAAAACAUAUAUGUAG